AUGGCCUCCUCGCCGGCGGCCGAGGCGUCGCGCAGGCGGCGGGAGAAGCGGAGGCAGCUGGACGCGCGCCGCAGCAAGUGCCGCAUCCGCCUGGGCGGCCACAUGGAGCAGUGGUGCUUGCUCAAGGAGCGCCUGGGCUUCUCCCUGCACUCCCAGCUGGCCAAGUUCCUGUUGGACCGGUACACGUCUUCAGGCUGUGUCCUUUGUGCAGGUCCAGAACCUUUGCCCCCUAAAGGUCUGCAGUAUCUGGUGCUCCUGUCUCACACCCACAGCCGCCAGUGCAGUCUAGUGCCUGGGCUUCGGGAGCCUGGAGGCCAAGAUGGAGGCCUCGUGUGGGAAUGUUCAGCAGGCCACACGUUCUCCUGGGAACCUUCUUUGAGCUCUACGUUUUCAGAGGUGCCCAAGCAGGACCCCCUUACACACAAGGCUGAGAGUAGCUGGUGCCCUGAGGCCAGGAAGAGGCAAGAAGAGCCUGCAGGUUUGGACGCCAAGCAUGAUGAGCGGACUCAGGAGACCAGGCUGCCCAGGGGAGAGGGACUCCUACCAGAGGCCUUCCCAUCCCCAGGAGAGGAGCCGGAUGAGGAGGAAGAUGAUGAUGAAGAUGAAGAGAUGCUCAGCGAUGCCAGCCCUUGGACCUACAGCUCUUCCCAAGAUGACAGUGAACCAGAUGUCGCCAUCGCCUCUCCUUCCCCCACUACCCGAACACCUGAGGAAGGAGAGAGCCCCCCAGCGCCUGCAGCUCUCUUUGCUCCUCCUGCUGCUCCGGCCUCAUUAGCAUCCUCACUGGCUUCCGGAGCCCCUCCACCGCCUGAAGCUGAGGUGCACUUGGAGCUCACCAGGACACCUGAAGCCUCCACAGAGCCUCAGCACACCGCAGAGCCUCAACACACCGCAGAGCCUCAACACACCAUGCCUCUGGCCAGCCCUGGGAGUCAGGCCCAGUCUGCUGUGACCCCAGCCUGUGAUGAGGACACCGCCCAGAUUGGGCCCAGGAGAAUCAGGAAAGCUGCCAAAAGAGAGCUGAUGCCUUGUGACUUCCCCGGCUGUGGAAGAAUCUUCUCCAACCGGCAGUAUCUGAAUCACCACAAGAAGUACCAGCACAUCCACCAGAAGUCCUUUUGUUGCCCAGAGGCGGGCUGUGGCAAGUCUUUCAACUUUAAGAAACACCUGAAGGAGCACGUGAAGUUGCACAGUGACACCCGCGACUACAUCUGUGAGUUCUGUGCCCGCUCGUUUCGCACUAGCAGCAACCUUGUCAUCCACAGACGCAUCCACACCGGAGAGAAACCUUUGCAGUGUGAAAUAUGUGGGUUCACUUGUCGCCAGAAGGCCUCCCUGAACUGGCACCGACGCAAGCAUGCUGAGACCGUGGCCGCCUUGCGCUUUCCUUGUGAAUUCUGUGGCAAGCGCUUUGAGAAACCAGACAGUGUCGCGGCACACUGCAGCAAGAGCCACCCGGCCCUGCUCCCGGCCCAGGAGCCACUUGGCUCUUUGGAGUCCUGCUCCAGCACUUCUGCACCUGAACCUUUGGGGCCCACCGAGGGGUCUAGGCCCUCUAUCCCAAAUGUUUCAAUAAGCUCUUCUCCUCUGCCAGAGGGGCCAGACCUUAAGAACUAGUAUGAGUGUGCAGGGCCCAGUAGGAUAAGGCUAGGCUCUAGGAAGCCUGACUUCAGGGAAAUAAACCAUUGUUUUACAUAAACACGUGUGGGCAAAUGUUUUGGCACUUGAGAUGCUGUUAGCAUGUGCCAGGAUGCAGCACACAGCCCUUCUCACCUGUCUUACUCAGACAUCUGUGCUGUGAUAUGGGGUGCUGGGUCCCACUUCACAGGGGCUGGGUGGAGAGUCAUGAUUCUGGCCCACCUUAUAUUUACCAGUUACAUUGUAACUGCGAAGCCCAUGUAUAACCCUGAAGUAUGGCCUAGUGCAGAACUGAGGAGUCCACAUGUGAGAUGGCUGAGGCAGUGAGAGACCUGUUUCAAUCUCUUCCUGAAAGCUGUGUUAGAAGCAUGGUUGAUGGCUGGUGGGCUUGAGUAAUUGGAGUAUGUGUACCACGAGUGAACUUUUAUCAGUGAAUCCCUUGAUAAAUUCAUAGCAGAACAGAAUGUUAGGUGGAGGAGAUUUGAAAGAACUGAGCUGCUGGGUGUGUGCUUUUGAAGGUAUCUUUUCCCUGGACCUGUCUUUGUCAUUUCUGCCUUCUGGUUGCCAAGAGGAACAGUUCUGCUUUGCCUCAACCUCAAAGCUGCAAGGCCAGCUGAAACCAUGAGUCAAAACAAAUCUUCCCUCCUAAGUUGACCUUCUCAGGUAUUUUGUCAGCAAUGAAGAAGCACUACUGAAAAUAAUGAGAAAUAAAGACUGAAAGAAACAGA